CGGGCACGAAAGUGGCGUUUCGUGACACUUUUCCAAUCGGUGAAAAUUAAAAGGUUCAAAAACCUGCAAAACUGUGGCGAUUCACAGGGAAGAAUACUUUUGUUCGACUUUCACCGAUUAUCCUUACAGAGUGGAGGACCGUCGGUAUGUUCGAUUCUGUUAGGCAGCCAUAUUACUAUACCGUGUCGUGUGGUGUAUCGUAUCGUAUCGUGUCGUAUCAUAUCCGUAUUGUGUUGUACCGUGAACGUUAAGUAUCGGUUUCGUUUGAAGAACUGUGAAUUUGUUCAACCGAUCGAACGGCGUGUUAUUUCGUUCGACGAAACUGGUAGAGAAUGCGAUCGAUGAAGAUGACUCGGUCGAAGGUUUCCGAGUUAACCUAUCGUUCGGGUGAAUCGAAGCGUCGAUUCGAUUGACACGAGUCGCGCUUCUGGAAGACGGACGACCGUCGCGUCGACCGCCUAUCUAUUCUCAAACCGUGAACCGACCGAAGAGAAGAGAAGGUGGUCGGUCAACGGUGGGUGAAAAAAAAGUCGAACGCGUGCAUUGUGCCGUGUGCACGAAUCGUCCGAAUCUGUUCGCUUCCGAUUGCGAGUCAUGCGUUCGUCGAGAUACGGGUUUCUAGAAAGGAUAGCUUGGAAAAUGGAACAUCGAAGAGGAUUGUGCCUUUGGGAACGGCUUUCGUCGUCGACCGCAACGACGUUUCUUGUAAACAGUGUUCUGCCAAGUAUGCAUUGACUGGAUUCGUAACCUCAGAUCCAUUGCCGCGCGACCGAUCUUUUUGACAGGACGGAGGAAAUUGAAAUUCAUGAAACGAGCCAACUUAUCGCCGUAUCACGAGCAACCAAGGGACAACGACGGAGGCGCUGCGAGCACUCGAUGCGCGACACUUCCUACUAGAGGAGGAGACGGCACAAUGGCUGAGGACCGAAAUAAUUCCCAAGGGUUGAUUGGACAGGCGCACACGAUAGAACGCGGUUCGCCUCCACCACCUGCACCGAGUACGGUUUCUUCAGCUGGAUCAGGAGGAGGAACGACACCGGGAUCUCGAAACGUUCAACGAGACGACUCUCCUCCUCGGGGUCCUCGAACUUUGUUACUCCGCCGCGGCGAGGAUGGUUUUGGUUUCACGCUUCGUCAUUUCAUCGUUUAUCCGCCCGAGUCCUGUUGCAUGUUGCCGGGACACGAGCGGACGAGAAUCGACGAACCGAUGGACACGAUAUUCGUGAAACACGUACUCGCUAAUUCGCCGGCCGCCGAAGCUGGACUCAGGAUGGGUGAUCGUGUGGUGUCCGUGGACGGGAAAACGACCCGUGGCGAACAGUACUCCAAGGUGGUACAACGUAUCCAACAGGCGGAUCCUUGGUUACGACUUCUGGUCGUUUCGAAAGAGGACGACAUUCUGCAAAGAUACUUCGGCGAGACUGCUCACAAUCCUGAAACGAAUCAACGACCACGUUUGCGAUCACCGGAAAGAAGUAGCCACAGGCAGCGCAGGUCGAUCAGCAUGAUUCCCGGUUUGUCGCCGCGAGCGAGGCAGUCCUGGGUUUGCACGCCGGCCAAUUCUGUGCCCGCGCCCUCGUCCCGCCUCGAAUCGGAUCAGCCGAUCGACGAUUGCCUUUCCGCUCGAGAUCAAGAGACGUUUUGUCGGUCGAACGAAUUUCCAAAAGAAAGGCAAGAACAACGCUGCUCGAACAGCGGUCGAACGCAGUCGCAAGCACAGUCGAGAAGCGCGGCUUAUCGCAAACCUUUUCAAGAAAUUGCCGCUCUCUACCAGUCGAUGCACGAGAAACUGCCCUUGCGAAAUCCACCUGUUCAACAGUCGUCCAAAGAUGCCUCGAACUCGUCCGUUGUACAAUCAGCGAGCGACAAAUCGAUGCAAUCGGACAUCUCGAAAUCCGAUAAAUACGAUUCCUCCGAUAGAACCCGUUGCGAGUCUCUUUAUUCGCGAGCGAACAGCGAUCAAAUUUACGAUAGGAUCAAGGAUCCGAUAUACGAGCGUGUUCGACACGGAGAACCGGUUCGAUCCAACACCGAAGAACACCAUCAUUCCCACCAUCAUCAUCAUCAUCACCAUCCGCAUCAUCAGCAUCACAAUCUGCAGCAACAGCAACAGCAACAGUAUUAUCAAUCUCAUCCACAACAAUAUUCGAGCUUGACGAGAUUUCCGUUGUCCCGGGCGGAACCCCAAGUACCAAUUUAUCGUUCAGCCACGAGGAGGGUGACUUUGCGUCGCGCCAGCGAAGGAAGUACCGGUAGUUCGACGCUGAAUAAUUUCGACUCGGCGAGUUACGCUAGCACGGAUGCGCUUAGAUCCUGCGAUCACAAUUCGAGGUUCAGCAUCGAUUCCCGUAGGGAUUCUUCACCUGUGCCCGGCAACGAUCGCGCGGUACACGGGAACGAAACGAACGGAAGCAGAAACGAGAGUAGCAGCGGACACUCGAGCGGUUACAGAAACGAUACCGGGAACGAUCUUAGCCUCGCUGGUUCGAGCAUCGACGACUCCGUCAUCAUGACCAGGCUUCGUAAGAGUUUCGAACAGAAAGAAGAAUUUCUCCGAAGACCGAGCCAUCCGAUCGGUUGGUUUCUACCCGACGAGAAAGCUGAGCCUCCGAUUCGAAACGACAGUUCCGCUGCCGCGAUUCCGCGUGAAUUUUACGCGAGGCCGCAGAAACUUCAGAGGCAGAUCUGGCCGCCGAACGAUCUGAAACAGGAUCAGCAACACUCGUCCAAUUCGAGGGUCGGCCAAGGUAGGAAAGAAUCGUCGAACAAGAGCACCGGACUUGGCUGUUCCAAUCAGAACGUCCAAAGGUUUGGAAGUAACUCGUCCGGCGAGGUCGAUUACUUGAUCGAUCCCCGAAACAAUCAAGCCGACGAAGCUUUCAGUGGAGUGACCCGCUCGUUGGAUCGUCCUUGCGAACAAACAUCGACCGAUCGACUGUACGCGCCGUCCGUUUACGACGAUCAUCGGGAUGCCUCCGAAUGGAAAGACUUACCCGACAGACAACAGCAGCAACAAACGCACAGGGGUGCCGGUAAAUCGAACAACUUUAUCGGUACUUUAUCGAAGAUACAGGAGAACAUCGCGAGCAGCGUAGUUUUAUUCUCGGGUGAAUCUCGGCAAUCGACGGACGCGAAGAACGGCAGUUCGUCUCUUCCCUCUUCGCCAGGACCCGAUAAAAAGGCUAACGACAAGUUUCCAGCGCUGCCUCAAGGGUUGCAGAUCGUAUCGCGACGAGCGAAACAGUUCGAAUCGGGCCGUUUAAUGAGCGACGACGACGAACCGACCGGCGAUCGAACGAACCUCUACAAGAGUGAAUUGUCGAGAUUGUCGAACAAACGUAGCGUGCCGAACGUAGCUGUACGGAAACGGGAGUUCGAAUCGAAAGCGGAAGCUCAAGAGCCGAGAAGAUUACCGAUCUCGUCCAGGGAGACCAAGUCCUUGGACACUGGUAACGGAUUAAAGGGAAACAGAGUAAUUCCUGUAGGCAGCAGUCGCAUCCAUUGUGAACCACCGGUCAACUAUCGUGCGAUCGAAGAGACAUCGAGUUUGAGAACGAUGGACGGAGAGGAAAGCGCACAGUCGAGGAUUCGCAGCAGCAGCGUCGAGUCGUGGGAAUCGGCGAGCGUAGCCGGCUCGCAAACCGGUAGACAUCGAUGGUCGCAACGGCAAGAGGACGCUGAGCGAAGGCAAAGCGAAGCGAGCAACGCGACCCUCGACGAUGAGAAGAGCAGCGAGAAAUCGUCUAGGAAGCAGGAUGCUUACGCGCAAAUUAUUGAAACUGAUCGUGGUCCGCUGCCGGAUAAUGCGGUACAGGGUAACGGAGUUGUGUUCAGACGGCCGAAAAAUGGACAGAUAGCGGACGAAGAUCGUGCCACGAGAAGGGUAUCCUACUUGAAAGCAACGUGGGGCGAACGAAUGCACGUCGACAGCGAUUUGGAACUGAGCGAUUCCGAGCCGAUUCACGCUUCGCGGAGCGUUCAUAAGAGAUGGCGGCUACCGCUGUUUCCAAACGAUAUCGCAUCGUUACGGCGCAUCUUCGAGGAAGUGACUCAGUCUGCGAGCUUAAGCAGAAACGUUCAUCGUAACACGUGCACCGAUCAAGACACGACCAGCAUCGUGAAAGAUGUCGGACAAAUCGACCGAGAAGGACCUUUGCAUGUGAAAUUUACUGUACUCGAUGGCAAGCGAUCAUCCGAUCGUUCGUGGAAGCAGGUGUGGGGCGUUCUUCGUGGACCGAUACUCUUCUUUUAUAAGGAUCGUCAAAAUCAGAGUCCUUCGUUAGCAAACGACGGUGAAAACGUAGCCCAGAGCGUGGAUGUGAGAUGUUCCGUCGUGGAUAUAGCUGAAGAUUACACGAAACGCAAACACGUGCUACGAUUAGCGAAUCCGAACGCGGAGGUUCUGCUGCAGACCGAAGACGCGGCGUCGAUGGCGCUUUGGUUACGAGCGUUACACGAACACGCUGCCGCUGAGAAACCAUCGGAAGUCGCUUACAACAGCACUUUGAAGCAACAAGCCGUCCCGCAAACCCCCUGUCCUUCCAGCAAUUCUUUGACGUGUCAGACAAUCGCAAACGCCAAUUCGAUAACGGUACCGAGUAACGGUGGUAGCGGUGGUGGCGGCUUAGCUGGCAGUGGACAAAGGUUGAGCCCUCUUCCAGGGCAUAAAGGUAUCAAGAAAUUGACUUCCUUCCGAAACAGAUCACCGACCGGUCAGUCGCCGAUCAAUAAAACUCGAAAACCGAGUCAAACGAUCGAAAGUUUAGUUUCACCAAAGACGAAGACGUGGAAAGGCCGGGUCGCGAAACAGCUUCGAAGAAUGCACGGUCAGUCGGGUCCACCUUCUUCGCCGACCGCGCAGUUACCACCCGAGGGUGCUACUUUCAGAGUACCGCUCGAAUUAUGCCCACCGUCUUCGUUCUCGGAAUACGUGCCGUUGAUCGUCGAGAUGUGCACGAGCAUCGUCGAGGCAAGAGGUCUCGAGGUGAUCGGCAUUUACAGAGUACCCGGUAAUACCGCCGCAAUAUCGCAUUUGACGGACAGCGUGAACAAAGGAUUUGAGAAUAUCAAUCUUCAGGAUCCCAGAUGGAGCGACGUAAACGUGAUAUCGUCUCUCUUGAAGUCCUUCUUCCGUCAACUUCCUGAUUCUUUGCUCACCGCAGAAUUGUAUCCUAUGUUUAUCGAUGCCGAUAAAGUGGAAGAUCCGCAAAGAAGGAUGACAACGAUAAGAAAAUUGCUGAGAGACCUUCCGGAGCAUCACUUCGAGACUCUGAAAUAUUUGAUGUUCCAUCUGAAAAAGAUAGUCGAGCAUAGCGAGAUUAAUAAAAUGGAAGCGAAGAACUUGGCUAUUGUGUUUGGUCCUACGUUGGUUCGAGCCAGUGGUUCCAGGGACAAUAUGGUCACUAUGGUCACCGAUAUGUCGCAUCAGUGUCGCAUAGUUGAAAGUUUACUGAAUAACGUCGACUGGUUCUUCUCGGACGAUGAUUUAGACGAUUUAAGCAGGCUGAGCGUUAAUCUCAGUCUUCCUGCCGACACCAGUGAAAUCGAGGCAACCUCUAGUAAUAACCAUAAUCUGUUGUUAAACAACAUUCAGAAAGUAGAAGGGGUACGAGAAAUGGCGUCCGCCAAGGAUAUCGUAUCGUCCAUCAUAUCAGCCGCUAAUCGUAAGAUACAAAGAAGAAGGAAAGUCCAAGACGAGACGGACAACGAAAAUCAUGAAGUCGAAAAGUUGAGAACGAAGCAGGAAACAGAAAAUUUACCAAAUCGACAAAGCAUGGCGUUGAGCGAACGACAUUGUUCGGUGAGCAUGAUGGUCAUGAUGCACGAGAACAAUAAUCAGUCGAAUCGUUCGAUCGAUCGUUCUCCAACGAUUGACACGGCUACGAUCGUUAAUCGCGCGAACGAGACCAGCGGUGAUGGAAGUGGUGGCGGUGAAAUCACUGGUGGUGACGACCGUGGGGAUGAUGGCGUAGGUGGAGGCGACGGUGGAGGCGAUGGAGACUGCGGUGGGAAUGAUGGAAACGGUGGAGGCGACGGUGGUAAUGGAAUAACAAGGACGGAUCGCGUCGCUAAGACGGACAACAAUGCGGAGAACAGCAACGACGAGAGAAAAUAUUUAAAUCCUUCGGUCGAAUCGAUCGAUUCGACGAUUCAACCCGUUCGUCGCUCGGCCGUCUCGUCGGCUUCCGAGUCGUCGUCUCGACUCUCUAGCGAGACUGGCCUGAGCUUCUUCGACGCGAAUUCGACGCUUUCGAGCGCCUCGAACGACACUAAGCAGAGCAACGACGAGGUAGCUAUAAGAACGUACGCCGGAUUGAGCGCGACUACCCAAGAACGUAUACGAAGAUUCGAGCAAGAAACAAAGGCGAUGCUGCAAAGGGAUCAAAAUCGACAGAGGCGGGAAGCUGAGAAAAGGGAGGAAGAACGGCGAAGAAUAGAGAUGGAAUGGCAAUUGGCGAAACGUGAAAUGGAGAAUGACGAUCUACUGGAUAGUAUAGUCGAUACUACCGUCACGCCAAAUUACCAUCGUCUUUCCGCAAUCAACGAUAGACCCGCUGACAAAUCUUUCCUCGACAUGGCGUCUCGACCUGCCUCUCGUAUUCCACCUCUCUCCAUAGCUGUCCAACAACAACCCACAACAGCCAGAAGAGUCUCGCGAUUCACGGACGAACCUGUCGCGAUAAUAUCCUCGGACACGGUUGCCAAUAACUUUGUCAAGAAAAUGAAGACCGACGCAGAGCCGGUAACGGAACAGCCGACGACGUUAUCGCCGGUUCGUUACGGCAGCUUGGACUCGUUGCACGAAACGCACGACGUUUCCCGAUCGUCCAUUUCACCGAGCAGCCAACAUCGAAAACCCGUUUCCAGCGAUGUUUCGGACGAUGGCAAACGGCAAAUCCCAGUUUCUGGUGGUAUAUAUCGUCUCACCUACACGGUACCGCAAGCCCCACUGGCCCUCCCUCGAAGACACCGCCGGGUCCGUCACCGAUGCCGAUGCCAAUACCAAUGUCAAUGCCAAUAUCAAUGCCGAUGCCAAUACCAAUGCCAAUGUCAAUGCCAAUGCCAAUGUCCGUGGCAAUGUCGAUGCCAGGACGAAUACAAGUGCCAGGGUAGCGAUCUUUUGACCAGUUUGACGACCACUUUCGACCGCAAAUGGAGAUCUUUGCUGAAUUCAUCGAGCCAGACGGAGCGUGGCUCUGCCGUAGAGAGUGUAUCUUUUAGCGACGAUGAUAACACGGUGUCCCGAAACCUGCGAAUCGUCGCAGGUGAAUCGCCGAAAGAAUCGGACGAACGGAAAACAACACCGGCAGCUGUACAAUCUAGUUCGAUCGAAACUUAUCGGGAUCCGAGCCUUCAUAAAUCAUCCGUCGACAAGUAUCAACCGAUUCGUCAAAAAAAUGACGCUCCGGAAAAGGAUACAGAUUCGUCGGUAGCAGCGGAGAACAGCAGGAACGUCGAUCAAUCGGAGGAGAACGUGCCGGACAACGAUCGUAGCGCUGUGGUUCGAAGGAAAAUUGAUACGAGCAAAGAAACGAUCGAGUCGGAUUCGAUAACGAACGAGACGCAAGAAUGCUGCAGGAUCGAAAGGGAAGCGACACCUGCGUCGACGCAGACCGAUAAACCUGGCGAACUCGCGAAAGAUUUUCGCCACGAUCUCCUCGAAUCCAAUUACUCGAACAAACUGGAGAAAUUCGAGAGUAUGACGAACUUCGAGGUACGAUCCCGAUUGAAAAGAUCGGAAUCCUUGAACAAAAGGUCCGAGAACGCUUGCUCGAAAUUGAAGAGGUCCGAGAGUUUGAACAAGCACUCUGUCGAGAGAUUGUGCUCGCCUACAAACGGUAAACUUAAACGAUCCGAAAGUUUGAACAAACACUCGGAAAGAUCGGAUUCUCCGAACAGUAAGCUGAAGCGGUCAGAGUCGCUGACGAAAACGGAAAAGACCGAGUGUAACAUCAGCAAGAGACGGCAAUCGGUUAGGAAGGAUAGCGCGACGAAAUUGAAGCGGAAGAACGGUAUGCCUGAACGGUCGAUCAAACGCAGGCACACCGUAGGCGGUACCAAGGACUUUGACAAGGUUCAUUGGUUAGACAAUAAGCUUCAAGUGGAAACCGAGAGGGUAGUUAAAAACGAGUACAGACCGAAGAAGAGUCAACUGAGAACGAGUUCGCCUGAUCUGAGCACCGCUCGUAUCGGUCUCACCGAUGCCAGUUUUCUCAUCGAAGUUAGCUUUCGCGGGCCGAGCAACGUCGUCUUCAACGUAACUAACGCUCGACCGCAGUCUUUACCGGAUACCAGUUUGCCUUCCAAAGUGUAUAAAGUACCGCUCGAAAGUCACGUAUAACGUGCGUCCAUGUUGAAAGUACAUAAACGAAAGGAUCGUUCCUUGCCUCGUUUUUCGAGCCUCGAGAACGCCCUACGAAUGCCUCUUUUCCUUCCAUUAAGCAUUUUCUAUCGCAGCGAUUUUACUCGAUUGUCAAUUAUUUGCAUUACGUAUACUACUUGCGAAUCGUAAUCGUAAUCGUGUGCAAUUUUUUGUAUAUAACAGGUUCAUAGGUUGUUAAACAUUCGCGAUUGAGACAUCGUUAGCCUUGAACGCGCGUCUAACGCGCAGAGUACUUUGUACUUUUUAAUAAUUGAUUACAUAGGACAAACGUUCGCGUAGCUUUGCAUUCGGUCGGACGCAGUGGCUGUGCGAUUCGCGUCGGUCUUUUCGAUCGACGACGUUUUACAUUUAACGUUCAACGUUUAACGUUCAGCGUUCAAUGUUGUAACGUGUUUAUUGUUCGUAUACGUUAGGGGCACAUACAUUUGAUAGAAUAGCAACGCAAGGGUUCGAGCAACGCGUUGCUGCUUCUCUUUCUGGGAACUAUGCCCGUUCCGUUUCUCUUUAUUCUUUUUUCGAUCAUAUCGAUUGUGUUUAUACUUUAUACGCUUUACGCGACCGAUAUUCGCUUUAUAGUUGAAUAAUCGCGUGGUUAAACGCGUUCACGCAUGUAACGUGUCGUCGCGUAUCGCUGAUGAUAUCGAGGUAACCGUCGAAUCGUACAAAAGCAAGGCGUUUCGUCGUCAGCCUGACAAUCGAUUUUCUUACAUUUGUAAAUAAGGAAUUAUGCACGUAAAGGAAUGAAAUUAUAGGCCGACGGUAGAACAGUAUUUAUUUUAAAUCCAUAACGAUCGUGAUAUACUGUUAUUUAUUAAAUGUAUCGAGAUUCCGCUAUCAAGGAAUUCUCUAUCUUUCUCUAUUACCCUUAUUGUACGGAGACUACGCUACAGUUUGUAAAUAAAUCUUAUAUAUUGCUAAUUUAAAAGAA